CCGGUAGAUGAAAACCAAAGUCAUUGUGGAAAACAGAAGACACAUCUCUAUGCACUGUAACUCCUUCCCUGGCACAGUUGACGUGGGAAGAGGUCUGUAAUAUUUUUUUUAUUUUUUUAUUUAUAUUAUUCACUUGGAUACAUUUUCUGAACCUCCUACUAAAGAGGCCGUACUCAGCACACACACAGACAUAUAUAAAGCAAAGAUCUCUGUAUCCGUGGAGCCAGAUCUGAAAUCAUGUGCAGAGAACCAGCCGAUACAAAUUGUUCCUGUCCGGAAUGGUAAGACAUCCAUUUUUUUAUGGGCAAAGAAAAAAUCUAGAACCCUCAUUAUUAAGGAACAUGCAAUGCAGUAGAAUAUGAGGCAUAUAUUUUCCCUGUUCUAAUCUGGAUACUUUUUUUGUGUGCCAUAGGGCAAAGGAUCUGCAGUUAUCCAUUGGUACCUUGAUUCACAAGUUAGAGGCUGGACAUAAUCUACUAGCAACUAGUCUAUACAGAAAGAAAGCAAACACCAGGUCAGUCCAUAAACUUCUUUGUUCUAUGCCAUUAAAUAUGUGUAAUUGGUUUUUAAACAUUGUAUUGUUUGGUCAAACAUGUGUCUUCAAGGAUAGCUCAAAUAAAUUUAUGUAUCACCUGAGUGUCUGCGUAGCUCUGUGAGAGAGUGAUGCGUGCAAGCAGCAGUACAGAAAAUAUUAAGUGUGAAUGUUGUGUAAUUAUUUCUGGAAAACAGUGCAGAUUGUGUGCAAUGCAAUUUAUCGUAACGUAAAAAUUCCUCUGCACCGAGACUUUACAGCUUGCAGGAUUUCUGUUGCUCUUGAACUACAACACUCAUGACACUUAGUCAUCUUUUAGGCUAUUGAGACUGGUUGAGAGUGAUGAGGGUUGCAAUCCAACAUGAUGCCUGCCAGCUGCAAAUUCUGCUCUUAUAAUGGCUCUUGAGACAAGUUUCUGGGAAAAUAUCCCUUAAUAUAGAAUUCUUUUUUUUUUUUUACAUUUUAAUCUUAUACCAGACUUUCCUUUCUUUCUAUAGAAGCUCCAAAAAAGAAGCAAUGAGAAUAACAGAUUCGUUCAGCCAGCUGCUCAGUAGCAAAGGUAAGAAAUAUUUCUGGUUCUAAUCACUGGGCAGAAUAAUUGAAUGUUGCUGUGGAGAUGGAAGCUAUAUUUAGAGAAAAAGAGAAAAGAUACUGGGACGAGAGCCAAUAAUGUCAAGCAGCGCAGUUAGAUUUAUUAAGUCAUGUCAAACAAAUAAUAAAGGGUUUAAAGCAUAGAUGGAAAAAAACCCUGCAGAAUAUAAAAAAAGCACUGAAAAGGAUUAAACCACAUAGCAAAGAAAAUGAUAUAUUAUCUAUCCUGACUUUUUUUUGUAUCUGGUCUACAGAUGGUCUUCUAGCAUUCAGCAAAUUCUUGAAAACAGAAUUCAGCGAGGAGAACCUUGAAUUCUGGAUGGCCUGUGAAGAGUACAGAAAGAUUCAUUUGGAUAAUAAGCUCAGAACCAGAGCCCAAACCAUAUAUCAGGAAUUCCUUCAGAGUGGAGCACCACGAGAGGUGAGGAACAUCUACCUCUCUUCUAGGUCAAUCCAUACAAAUAAUCACCUUUUCAGGAAUCACAUUUUCAAGUUCUAACUUUUACAAAUGACUCGUGUCUUUUCACUUUAUUUAAAUUAUUAAAUAGGAUCUAUCCCAUGUAUGUUUUUUUCAUAAUUUUAUGUAAAUACAAAUAGGUGAUAUGCUGAAGGAGAAACAAAUCACAAAGUGGGAGGACAGUCAGCAUAAAGUAAUGCCACCGCAAUAUCUGCCCAAAACUCUCGAAAACGUCACUUUGUAGGGGUUGUGACGCUACCACUUUAUCUUUGUCUUUACGUGCAUGUACAUGCUUAAGCAAGGAUAAAAAAAACAGGUCUUGAUAAAAUAAGACCUUCUUGUAGAUGUAUCUAUAACUGCCAUAGGAAUCUAUAAAAAAUAUAUACCUGUGACACCAGCUAUCAUUGAUGGAUGAUUGACAUUAAUAGUGGGGAUAAUGCCCAGAAAAUAUGUUUUGGGCUAAUAAAUAUUCAAGUUGUUGCUGUUAAUAUAAAAACAGACAAUAGAAGGUAAUUCAUAAUAUGACCUUUGUUUUAACACGCUGAUUUUCUUUUCUGUCAUUACAGGUCAAUAUUGAUCACCAUACAAGAGAGUUCACGCUCCAACAAAUGGCCAUUGCGUCUAAAAACUGUUUUGAUGCAGCCCAAGAACAUACUCGAGUUCUGAUGGAAAAAGACUCAUAUCCUCGUUUUAUUAAAUCCCCUCUCUACAAGGAACUGUUGCAUAAACCCUCUGUAAGAAAAUUGAAGCUGUCCUUCAGAUGAAUACUGAGCAGAAGAGAUUAGUAGGUAGCACAAUUGAAGACCUCAGAGGAGGAUUCCACAGAAUUGGGGGCCCAUUGUCACCCCUCACUGUGUGUUAGACCAGAAACUGACACACUCGUGAAGUCUAAUUAUUUACCAUCAUCAACAUGGACUUUAAAUACAGGAGAACAGAGAAGAAAUGGAGAUUAAAGCUCUUUGGAUUGUAAUGAAGUGGGAGGACGCACAGUGCCAGUCUGAUGAGUUUUAAUCCUUGGUAAUUAAUACAAACAAUUUCUAAAUAUCAACACACUAAUAGGAGUGUGGCAACAGACUAUCAGACGUCGUUCCAAACAGACGACAGGCAUUUAGAUAUCAUCUGUCAGCCUAAAACAGUUAUGUUAUUUUAUCAAUAUGUUUGUGUUUCUUUCUAUACCAGUGCUGUUUAUUUUAUUUAAUCCUGAAUUUUGGAUUUUUACUACUGCUUUCAAAUUGGUGGUAUUGUCCUACUUAAAAAUAGCAGAUUUUGUGAUAUUACGAGAAGUGCUUAAGGCAAAUCACAAGCCCUAGGGGGUAAAUAUGUAACUUAGAUACUUUGAGCUUUCCCAUACAACACAACAAGAAAAUCCCUGAUUUCGUGGUGACUCAGUGAGGUUUAGUUGAUUAUUACGUAUUCUGAUAGAAGUGGGUACAUUUUGGGAAACAGAGCAGACAAUAAAAAAAAACCUUACAAGAUGCAAUCUUUCCUUCAAAUGAGAAUAAAUCUUCCAAUUCAUAUCUCAUAUUUAGAAAUCUAAGAAUGCAGAAGGGGUAUUUAAACAGUGUACUGGGGGUCAUUUAUUUUCGGUUAUACCACUUGUUAUUACGUUACCAGUAUUUGACCACAAUGACCUCUAUGUCACGUUUCUUGUAAUUUUUCAAGUUAAGCUCGGUUUAUACGACUGGUCAAUGUGCAGAGAGCAUUUAAAGCCUAUUUAUAUUACCUUUACAGUGAUGUCCUACAAGUGUAGGCAGUUGUGUGUAUGCUGGUGCAUUUAUUUAAUAUAAUUAUAUUUAUUUGAGCUGUUAAGAUACUACAAUAACUUGAAAAAAUUACAAAUUUUGGAGGUUGAUUACCAAGUAAAGCUAUGGUGAUAUCAACGGUUGUAUUUCUGGAAAAUACAUAAUAGUUAUAAAAUAUGUUAAUGUAUAAUAAAGAUAAAAAAAUAAAGAA